GAAUAAAAACCUCCGCGUGUUUCUGCUGAACAAGAAACAGACUGGAAAACGACUCCAGCUGUUUGACUGGGAAAGAGCUGCGAGAGAUCACUAACACAGGAGGAGGAGAAAGUGGGCGAGGAUGAUGAGCAGCUCGGAGAAGAUAUCGACCAGCAGCACCCCCAUUGUCAUGGAAACGACCUCUACACUCCGCCGCGACAGUACCACCCAGAAAGCAGCGACUCAGGACAGGAACGUGUUCAGCGAUGGAAAGACUCGAAUUGACUUUGUCCUGGUGUGGGAGGAGCUUCGGGGUAUUCAUGAUGACACAGGUGAUGUCGCCAUCCAGAGGAAGUGGAGGGAACAGUUUCUGAGCAGACUGAGACAAGUAGGCCUGCUGCAGGAGCGGAGGGUGGUCUCCCAGAUCAAGAGGAGGAUCCACUUCAUCCUCCUCAGCGCCCCCUGGAAUCUCCUCUGUUACUACGCCGAGGAGAUCAAUCUCAGAGCGCCCCUCGAGGUGUUCACCAUUCCAAUCACAAACUGGUCUGAACAAUUCCUGUCCAAGCUGUCCCUCCCCAACCCCCUCAGCCAGAAUGUCCCCAACCAACCUCCUGACUACUACACCUGUCAGUUCAGGGCCAACAAGCUGGAGAGGUUCCUGGGAAGUGACAACAGAGAGACCUUCUUUAAGACCACCCAGAGACACCAAGUGCUGUAUGAGAUCCUGGCCAGAAUCCCGUACGGUUGUGUGAACCGGGGCGAGGUGGGCAUCGACCGGCUGAUCAGUGAGGGAAUCUUCACAGCAGCGUACCCACUGCAUGAGGGGGACUACAGGAUGCCGGUCGACCCGGUGCCCCUCCAGUCUUUAGGACAGAGGCAGAUCCUGAAUGCGUACUGGUCCAAGUGGUCCUGCUGGAGGCGCUACCAACCUCUGGACCACAUAAGGGAGUAUUUUGGGGAAAAGAUAGCUCUCUACUUUGCAUGGAUUGGUUUCUACACUGCCUGGCUGCUGCCUGCGUCUCUGAUUGGGACUCUGGUUUUCCUGUUGGGUUUUGUGCUUGUGUCCUCCGACAUCCCAGCGAAGGAGUUGUGCGAGAGCAAAGACACUUUCAUCAUGUGUCCUCUCUGUAACGUCUGCUCCACCUGGAACUACUCCAGCAUCUGCUUCACCUAUCAGGCGGGUCUCCUGUUUGACAACUGGGGGACAGUGUUCCUCAGCUUCUUCAUGUCUCUGUGGGCCGUCACCUUCCUGGAGUACUGGAAGAGAACUUGUUCAACUCUCUCCCACCGCUGGGACUGCACUGACUUGGAGGACAUUGAGGAGCGUCCACGUCCAGAGUUCUCAGCCAUGGCGCCGAUGACCACGAGGAACCCGAUCACUGGAGCUGAGGAGCCUUACUUUCCUGAGAAUAAACGCUUCAACAGAAUUUUGACUGGAUGCAUGGUCAUCAUUAUCAUGGUUGCAGUGGUCCUGAUGUUCCUCAUUGCCAUUAUUUUGUACCGUACCAUCAUCAGCACCGUCAUCUACAAGUCAACUAAAACUAUCAGUAUCUUCGGCAUUUCUGCUUUGACAAUCGCCAGCCUUUCAGGAUCCGUGUUGAACCUGCUGGUUAUCCUCAUGCUGUCCAAGGUUUACACCAUGCUGGCCGACAUCCUCACACGCUGGGAAAUGCAUCGCACUCAAACCAAAUAUGAAGACAUGUUCAUCCUCAAAGUUUUCAUAUUCCAGUUUGUGAACUUCUACUCAACUCCCGUCUACAUCGCCUUCUUCAAAGGCAGGUUCGUUGGUUACCCUGGAAUGUACAACACUCUGUUUGGACUUCGUAAUGAAGAAUGUGGCGUCGGCGGGUGUCUGAUUGACCUGGCCCAGGAGCUGCUGGUCAUCAUGGUGGGAAAACAGAUGAUCAACAACAUCGAGGAGUUCGUCACCCCGAAGGUCAAAGCGUGGUGGCAGAAAAACAAGAUGCAUCCUCUCCUGACGAACAAGGCCUGGGAGGGGACUCAGCACAAGGUGGACGUUUCUCCUUGGGAGACAGACUACGACCUGCUGGUCUGUGAGGGACUCUUCGGUGAAUAUCUGGAGAUGGUGCUUCAGUUUGGUUUCAUCACCAUCUUUGUGGCGGCGUGUCCUCUCGCUCCUCUCUUUGCUCUCAUGAACAACUGGGUGGAAAUCCGUCUGGACGCUCAGAAGUUUGUAAAGGAAUACCGCCGCCCGGUGGUGGAGCGAGCUCAGGACAUCGGCAUCUGGUUUCACAUCCUGCAGUUCAUCACACAUGUCGCUGUCAUCAGCAACGCUUUUCUCAUUGCCUUCACCUCGUCCUUUGUGCCUCGGCUGUACUACCGUUUCACCAGAGAUAGCACCCUGAGAGGCUACGUUAACUUCACCCUGGCAACAGCCCCACAGACCUACAUCCAGCAGCACCACAACAUCUCUUGCAGGUAUCGAGGUAUAAGGGACGACAAAGGUGAAUACCUGCCGGAGUUCUAUGAACUCCUCGUUAUACGACUUAGCUUUGUCAUCAUCUUUGAGCAUGUGGUCUUUUUCAUCCACCGACUGAUCGACUUGAUAGUUCCUGACAUCCCUGAAGACGUGGAGCUGAAGAUGAAGAGGGAACACUACAUGGCUAAACAGGCACUGGCUGAGAAUAAGGCUUUGGGGAAAACCUCUAUUCCAAAUGACAUUUUGUCAGGUGACAUGCAUCCUCGUGGAUCCAGAGGCCUGAUACAAUGGAAUGACAUCCGGCCAUCAAAUCUGAAGAAGGUCUCAAAAAAACUCAAACCCACCAAGCGGCUGCUGACCUGACGCCCGACUGCGUCAGAGCUGAAGGCUGGUUCAUGUGGAGGUUUUGCAACCUGCACAGUGGAUGUUUAGCGGAUUAAAAUAAUCCAGCUUUCCAACUUGUCAUAGAACAGUGUGCCAGUGGAGAAGAUGCAUCUUCCUGCCCUUAUGGUCUGAAACCGGAAUCAAAGACCUGUGAGAUUUCUGAGUGACUCUCCUCAGACUGGAAGCUUCUCAGGAACUUCCUCAAACAGAGAGGCUGGAAGAAGAAUCACUGAAAAUGAAAAUGAUCCAAGUCUCUGCUGUGAGAGAGAACGAAUGCCUGUUCAAACUGCCUUUUGUUGAAUAAUUAAGAAAAUGUUUGUGAUAUUUUAUAAUAUUUUGGAGAUGCUUCUGUUAUUGCAUUAAACUAGUGAUAUUGA